AUGACAGUAAUUUACGUUGUGGUUAUUUUGGUUUGUAUCGGAGUCGUAGGCUGUAGUGGAUUCAACGAUCCUUGUACCAUACAGCCAACUUGGUGGGGUCAAGACGCGGCGACCGAAAAUGGAAUCAAGGAUGCAACAGCCAACAUAACUUGUACAAAUGGUAGCGUUUGGUGGAACUAUCCUCGAGGUCGACUGCGACUUAAUUUCGAUAACAGCAUACCUGGCAGGGAAUUCCGAGUCUGUUUGAGCGGCAAUAUGAUGGGAUCUUUUAGAUCUAUUAUGGAUAUAUCUGGAGCUCAUAAUAGGAAUAUGAAUGCCGAGCCAGGUAGGCUGAUUGUUAUAAGCCUGUCUCGUAACUCGUUCUUUCGUGAUCAAACUGUUGACAAACCCCGUUUCGAUGCCUGCAUUCUUUUUCUCUUCAGAUCAGCAGCUUUGCUCCAGUUUCCAGUCCAAGAAAGUUACAAUAAUGUUAGAAUCGCCUAUGACGUUACUGUACAUGACUAUUAA